AAAAAACUCCCCCCCCCCUCUCUCUCUCUCUCUCUCUCUCUCUUGUUGUGCAGCAUCUCCGAGCUCCCUCGACCGCAGGAUGUGUUACCACCACCACUUGCAAACGUCCUGGAACGGCGAACAAUCGCCGCCGAGAGCCGCCAGAGCGGCGGAGAGCGACGCCGUGGUCGAGGAUCUGCGAGCUCGAUUGGCGGAGACGGAGGCACGCCUUGAAGGAGCCAGGGCUCGGGAGGCCGAGCUCAGUCGUCAGCUUGAAGAGAUGAAGCGCUUCGUUUCUGUCAUGGAGAUCCUCGAGAACUAUCUGAAAGUACGGUUCCAGGAGCAGAAAGAGCACGUUACUCGCCUCUUCUCUCGGGUUCCCAAAUAGAGGCUCAUUAGGUCCAAGCUACACAAAUGGGGGCACCCCAUCUCCUAUCCUUCAGACCUUCAACAUAAAGUCUGAUGCAUGAUCUCAUGUUUUCUUAAAUCUUCUCAAUUAUUGAUCAAUAAUGUGCAGUGUAGUAUCCUGGAGAAAUAAUGACUAAAAACCACACCAAGGUAGAAUAUGACCACUCAAGUCAUUAUUCCUGAUCACCAGAAGAUUGAAAUCCCCAAAUUUGGUAUGUUGUGUUACUCAACAGAUGGUGUGAAACAAUCUUUUUGGGAGUGAAUGAAACAACUGGAAUAUUCACUCAUGUUCGUCUGUUGGUAGUUUGACAAAUUAAAUGAGAGCUGCCCAAGAAUUUGCCA